AAUGGUCAAGAAUGUUGCUUAAGAGAGUGUUAAUUAAAAACUCUAAUUGGUUGUAAGAUCUGGAAAGAUCACCAUGGGUUACAAAUAAACCUUGAAGUCCAUUAGAAAUGGAACUGCCAAGCUUGUAUUCAUUUCAAACAAUUGUCCAACAAUCAGAAAGACCUAAAUUGAAUACUAUGCCAUGUUGGCUUAGAUUACCAUUGUUUUAUAUUAAGGAAACAACGUUGAUUUAGGUACGGGGGUUUAAUUGGGAGGCUUAGCUCUUCCUAAUUGAGUUUAUGGGCAUGAGUGAUUUUAUCUUAUUUUAGGUACCGCCUGUGGUAAAUUACACAGAUGCUCAAGUUUAGCCAUCAUUGAUGCAGGAGAUUCUGAUAUCUUAACAUAAUAAUGAU